UUCAGUAAAAUGGCAGCUAAGUUGGUAGUUCUGUUGUGCGCUCUCGCGACGGCUCGUGCUGGUGGGAUAUACGGGUCCUACGCCGCCGCUCCCGUAGCGUACGCCCCUGCGCCCAUCGCUACAUACGCCACUGCUCCAGUCCUCAAGAGCUACGCCGCCCCCGUGAUCAAGAGCUACGCCGCCCCUGCGUACGCCCCAUCAGUGGCGUACUCAGCCCCAGCUGUGUCCACUAUCUCGUCCUACUCGACUCACACCGCCCACGCCCCAGUGGUUAAAGCCAUCGCCCCUGUCUCCUAUUCCGUAGCUCCGGUAGUCAAAAGCUACGCCGCCCCAGUGUCUUACGCUCCAUCUCUGUCCUACUCCGCCCCUCUGUCCUACUCGCACGCCGCCCCUGUUGCCUACGCCGCCCCCGUCGCCUCUUAUGCCCAUGCCCCAGUGGCGUAUUCGGCUCCGGCGAUCUCCCACCUCGGCUACGGCAGCCUUGCGGGUCACGGAUGGUAAUAAUA